UAAAAAAAACUUUUAAUAAUUACAUAUUUGACUCAGUGUCACUGGAUUUGCAAAAACCCUAAUACCCUAUAAAGACCCCCCAAUUAUGAAAACCCCACACUGAAAACUCCCUCCCUUUUGCUUUCUUCUUCGCUACCUCAGCUUCAAUACACACAGAGCUCUGCGCGUAAAUUACACGCAUAUUGAGGUAAAACCUGUCUGCAUUUUUAUCAAAAUGGAUCAAGAUCAGCAAUGGCUGAUUAAUUGCUUGAACGCAUCACUCGAUCCCAACCAUCAAAUUCGAACCUUCGCCGAGACUUCCCUCCAGCAAGCAUCUGUACAGCCAGGUUAUGGUGUUGCUUUAGCUAGCGUUGCUGCGAAUCGAGAACUUCCGUUUGGGUUGAGGCAGUUAGCAGCAGUUUUGCUGAAGCAAUAUAUUAGGAAACACUGGAAUGAGGAUGAGGAAGGCUUUGAGCAUCCUGUUGUUCCGAGCAAUGAGAAGGCAUCUGUUCGACAACUACUUCUAGGAUCACUAGAUGAUCCUUACAAGAAGAUCUGUACAGCAAUAAGUGUGGCUGUAUCGACAAUUGCACAGUAUGAUUGGCCAGAUGAUUGGCCUGAACUAUUGCCCUUCCUUUUAAGCUUAAUUAACGACCAGAGUAAACUGAAUGCUGUGCAUGGGGCUUUGAGAUGCUUAGCUCUGCUUACUUCGGACAUGGACGAUAGGAUGGCCCCCAAAAUUGUCCCAGUCUUGUUCCCAAGCUUGCACAUGAUUGUGUCAUCUCCUCAGAUAUAUGACAAUUUUCUGAGGUUUAAAGCUGUUUCAAUAGUUUAUAAUUGUACCUCCAUGGUCGGGGUUAUGAGUGGUGUCUACAAGACAGAAACUAGCGCCCUAAUGUUACCAAUGCUCCAGCCUUGGAUGGAACAAUUUUCAUUAAUCUUGAAAAACCCAGUGCCAUCUGAAGAUCCUGAUAAUUGGAGCAUCAGAAUGGAGGUGUUAAAGUGUUUGAAUCAGUUUAUUCAAAACUUUCCAGCCAUUGUGGAAACUUAUUUUGAUGUAAUUGUGGGGCCAUUGUGGCAGACUUUUGUGUCAUCCUUGGAAGUCUAUGAGCGCUCAUCAAUUCAAGGCAUUGAAGAUUCACAUGAUGGGAGAUAUGAUUCUGAUGGUGCUGAGAAAAGUCUUGAGUCUUUCGUUAUCCAGUUAUUUGAAUUUCUAUUGACUGUGAUUGGAAGCCCAAGAUUUAUAAAGGUUGUUAUGAACAAUGUGAAAGAGUUAGUCUACUAUACCAUUGGUUUCCUUCAAAUAACGGAACAACAGGUUCAUACCUGGUCUCUGGAUGCUAAUCAGUUUGUUGCUGACGAGGAUGACAAUACUUACAGUUGUCGUGCAUCUGGCGCACUUCUACUGGAAGAGAUAAUUACUUCUUGUGGAAUGGAAGGUAUAGAUGCUGUAAUUGACUCCGUGAGAAGACGCAUAAGAGAGUCUCAGCAAGCAAAAGAAACUGGCUCCCCUGGCUGGUGGAGAUUAAGGGAGGCUACCCUGUUUGCUUUGGCUUCAGUGUCCGAGCAGCUGCUUCAAGCAGAGGUUUCUGGACCCUCUGUUAGAGAUAUGCUGGAACAAAUUUUAACUGAUGACAUGGCAACAGGAGUGCAUGAAUACCCCUUUCUUUAUGCCCGCUUAUUUACAGCUGUUGCAAAGUUUUCGUCUCUGAUGAACAACCAAGUAACAGAUCAUUUUCUAUACACCGCUAUGAAGACAGUUGGCAUGGAUGUGCCCCCACCAGCGAAAGUUGGUGCCUGUCGAGCUCUAUCCCAGCUUUUACCAGAUGCUACCAGCGGGAUUAUUCAACUUCAUGGAUUGGAUUUAUUUUCUGCACUUAUAGAUCUUCUUAAAAACGCUUCCGACGAGACUAUGCACCUAGUACUUGAAACUCUACAAGCAGCUAUAAAGGCUGGUCAUGAAAUUUCAGCCUCAAUAGAGCCGGUUAUCUCGCCUAUCCUCCUUAACAUGUGGGCUUCUCAUGUCUCUGACCCUUUCAUCAGUAUUGAUGCUCUAGAGGUUUUGGAGGCGAUAAAAAAUGCUCCUGGAUGUAUUCAUCCUCUAGUUUCUCGAGUUUUACUAUUUAUCGGGCCAAUCCUCAGUAAUCCACAACAACAACCUGAUGGCUUGGUUGCUGGUUCUCUGGAUCUUGUUGCAAUGCUAGUGAAGAACGCUCCUGUUGAUGUGGUAAAAGCAGUGCAUCAAGUUUCCUUUGAUCCUGUUGUUAGAAUAGUUCUUCAAAGUAACGAUCACAGUGAGAUGCAGAAUGCAACCCAGUGCUUAGCUGCUCUCGUGUCUGGUGGGAAACAAGACAUGCUUGCUUGGUGUGGUGAUCCUGGAUUUACAAUGAGAAGUUUACUUGAUGUUGCUUCAAGGCUUUUAGACCCCUACUUGGAAAGUUCUGCAUCACUUUUUGUCGGAAGCUACAUUUUACAGCUUAUUUUACAUCUGCCUUCACAAAUGGCACAGCAUAUCAGAGAUCUUGUUACCGCACUUGUCAGACGCAUGCAAUCUUCUCAAAUAUCAGGACUUAAAAGUUCUUUGCUUCUGAUAUUUGCUAGACUGGUCCACAUGAGUGUGCCUCAUGUUGAACAAUUUAUUGACUUAUUGGUCUCUAUCCCAGCCGAAGAUCAUCGAAACGCCUUUGCUUAUGUCAUGUUUGAAUGGACCAGACUCCAAGGGGAAGUUCAAGGGGCCUAUCAAAUUAAAGUAACAACUACGGCUUUGGCUUUGCUGCUCUUGACAAGGCAUGUUGAAUUGGGAAUAGUCAAUGUCCAAGGCCAUCUUAUGAAGUCUGAUUCAGGAAUAACCACCCGCUCAAGAGCUAAGAUAAUACCAGACCAAUGGACAGUGAUGCCCCUUCCUGCCAAGAUUCUGGGUAUAUUGGCUGAUUCGUUAUUAGAAAUCCAAGAGCAAGUCGAAGGAGACAAUGAGGAUAGUGAUUGGGAAGAAGUUCAGAAUGGUGAUGGUGGAGAAGAUGAUGAUUUCCUAUACUCGACUGACGCUGCAUCGCAUAGCAGACCUACGUAUGAAUAUCUUGAUGCCAUGGCGAAGGCUUUCAAUGAGGACGAUGAAGAUGACUAUGAAGAUGAACUUCUUAGCAGCGUUGAUCCCCUAAAUGAGAUCAAAUUGGUUAACUAUCUCACUGAAUCCUUGGCAAAGUUCUCCGAGAGCGACGGGCCAUUUUUUGAACAUCUUUUCCAGAGUUUAACAAAGCCUCAGCAAAACGCUAUUAAAUUGGUUUUAAGACGAUGAGGAAUGUGAUUGCUGUACAACUGUACGAGGUAUAUCUUUGUUGAGUGUGAACGCACCAAUUCAUAGUGCCGGAAUUAAUUUAUUUAUUUUUUUCGAAAUUUUGUUCCCUAUUAUUUAUUUCAACGUGUUGAAGUACUCGAGAAUUGUAAACGAGGAUUCAUUCCUCGUUAGACUUUUCGAAGCCCCUACUUGAUUGUAUAAAAGUAGCGGUAUAGUUGAAAGGUUCUGACUGUAAAUUUAUUACAGAGUGCUGCUACAAGAGCAUAUAAAUUAUCAGAUACAUGCAAUUAUUGUAUACUUUUACACAGUUAAUAAAAUUGCUGAUUGGUUUUAUAGUC